UUUUGUUAAACCGUCUGCGACAAAAUCAGACUCAGCAACGAUGGAGGAGUCGUGGUCUGUGCUUUAUUGGUGGCGUCAUGUACAGAGUCUCUGCUAAUAAGCUGUCUAAAACAUGGAGCCCCGGAAGUGGUAGCAAGCUGACCCCGAAGACUGGCAAACUGGAGGUGAGCAGCACCAGUCCUGGCUCCAUGUACCCCAGCCGGCCAGCCACGCCAAGCCGCUAUAUUGCAAGUCGCGCCAUCCAGCGGAGUCUGGCCAUUAUCCGUCACGCCCAGCAGAAAAAGGAGAAAAAGGAGUACUGCAUGUACUACAACCGGUUCGGGAAAUGUAACAGAGGCCAGAAGUGCCCCUAUAUCCAUGACCCAGAGAAGGUGGCAGUGUGCACACGGUUUCUCAGAGGAACAUGUAAGAAGACGGACGGCAGCUGCCCCUUCUCACAUCAGGUGUCUAAGGACAAGAUGCCGGUGUGCUCGUACUUCCUGAAGGGAAUCUGCCGCAAUAACGACUGCCCGUACAGCCACGUCUACGUCUCCCGGAAAGCCGAGGUCUGCCAGGACUUUCUCAAAGGAUACUGCCCCAUGGGAGCAAAGUGUAAGAAGAAGCACACCCUGCUGUGUCCGGACUACGCCCGCGAUGGCAAAUGCCCUCAGGGUACAAAAUGUAAGCUGCAGCACCGCCAGAGAAAGAAACGGAUCGACACAACGGCGCAAUCGGAGCAGAUGCCAACCAGCGCCAAGCAUCGCCGGAGGUCGCUGGACCAGGCUGGGAUGUCGCCGGUGCCCACACGUGUCAGUCACCACCCUUCCACCAGUGAUGACCCGGGCAGCAGCGGACUCCAGAGCUGUCCUUCUUUCAUCUCUCUGAACUGCUCCUCUGCCAGCGAGGGGACGCCCGCCUCCGAAAGGGUCAAGUCAUCUGAAACCGCAGGAAAACCUCUUCAGAUCAAGCCGAGGCUGUGACGACCUCCGGAGGAGUCCGCUCUGUAGCCUCCGUUUCUCAGGGUCUUUCCUUCCUCUCAUGUUUCUGGAGUGUUUGCUGGGGUGCAGUCAGAGGGUGGCGCUAUCUGUGUCCUUUUUGGCGGUCUUUGUGUUACCGGAUCCUCAGGUUGAUGAGAGGAGCGCUCGCACAUUUCAUACCUUCUGUACUUUAUAGAUUUAUCUUUUUGCCAGAUAAUUUUAUAAGAAGAGACUUUAGUAUUUACUUUGUAUGGUUUUUUAACCCCUGCCGGUGAGGUUGGUGUCUGCACUUCUGUAACACGUUUCUAGUUUGGAGGGUCGCGUUUGCCCUCCCGCUAUGACCCUCACGACAGUGUUAAACCACAGAUCUCUACUAACGGGAGUGAUCGGCUGCAGACGACCCUUCACCCCGCUGACGGGGUCCCCGGAUGUCGAAUGGUUGGGUAAAUAUCUCAUUGUUUAUCAUCCCCUUUAAUCAUUUGGGUCUGAUUCUGGAGGAAUCUAGAAGGCCCUCCGACUCUGUUCAGGCUCUGCUGCCACCACCAUCCACACUCCCUGGUUGUCGGAGAAAAGGCCGAUCAUCAAGUCAGAUUUUGACCCAAAUUGCGCUGCAGACACUGCACCGAAGAUCUGGUAUCUAUGGAUCGUGACUGACAGAUUAUCUCCAUGGUUACAGAGGCUGCCAAUAACAUCCCCUCAUUUACAUAUAUGCUAAUGACACAUUGCUGCCAUGUCCUUAUCUUCUACUGAUGGUCUUGAGCAGACGUCGGGGUUGAUUUUUGGCAGCCGGUGUCAGUUCUGUUUAGGGAUAGCUCUACCCACGUGGGGCGACGUGCUGACCACUCUCCGCGGUUCGCAUACGGUGGAGCUCCGCUCCCAUUUAUACUUACCUUUUAGUAUUCACCACCUUCCACUGCCAGGUUUUGGGGUGACCACGAGGUUUGGUUUUGGUGGUCCUCUUCCGACACAGCUACAAGACAAGUUGAAGUUUUUUACUGAACCCAGGACGGCGCCCCCUACAUUUUAUAUAAAGUGUUUUAUUUCCUAUUAGUUGUCCGCUUGUAACGGUAACUUUUCAUUAAAGUGCAGAUAUUUUACUUUA